GACAUGCAGGGCUACCUCGAGGAGGCCAGGGCCCUGGGCACGAUCCUCGGCUUCGACCUCGCCGGCGUCGUGGGCCUCCUGGGCGACAAGUGGUACGUGAGCGACCCCACCUCGUCGCACUUCGGCGAGGAGGUGCCGCCCCAGGUGCUCGCCAACGAGGAGGUCCUGGUGCGGCGUGGGGAUGUCGGGCUCGUCCGGCUCGACGACGUCUGGGUCCACGCGAUCAAGGUGAGCGAGGGCCAGAACUUCGACGCGUACCUCGCGAGAGCUCGCGGGGGCGCUGGCCGGGACCCGCGUGUCGUUGGCGACGAGAGGGACCAGGACGGAGGCAGGUACAUCGACUUCCGCGACUCGGUCCGCCGCAUGAAGGAGACGACGAUCCCGGGCUGGCCUCUGCAGGGCCGCCGUGCCACGAGGGAGGCUGUGCUCUCCCUUCGCGACGGAGGUCAGGGCAACUGGGAGGAGCACCACGCCACGUGGCUCCGACGCAGCGGAGUGGCCGAGCGCGGCAACGUGGCCCGCGAGCACCACAUGAUCUGCGUGUCUCUUCGGAUGAUGCAGCAGUUCGAUCAGCUGGACCUGUUCAACAUCGCGGGCGCGGAGUACCUCGUCAGGCGGCUCAAGCAGCUGGAGUCGGCGACCCGCAAGAACCCUCGGGCUCCCGACUUCGAGGGGCUGGACCUCAUCCUCGACACGGGGGUCGACGACACGGGCGGCAUGGUGCUGCCGGAGUUCGACGGAUGGGUCGGCGAUCAGGCGCGCGCCCGCGCCCAGACCAUGAGUGCGAAUCGGCAGUGGCAGGAGGAGAGGACGGCCGCGCAGCCCAAGGCGCCCCCGAAGGGGCCGAAGGGCGGCGGGGCCGACGCUGGUGGCGCUGCCGAUUCAGGGACUUCGGGUACGGCGACCUCGUCCUCGCGCGGCCGGCAGCUCGGCCGCUGCGUGGCGGAGUACGGCCCUCGCCCGGCAGAUCUCCACCCUCGUGGAGCCCUUCAGGAGCUCCUCAAGUCCGACUCGCUCUACGGAGGCGCGCCGUCCAAGGUCGUCCCGUACGAGGAGUCCAAGCUCAAAUUCUGGCAGUCCUCGGUCACGCCUCGAGACGCGGAGGAGGUCUGCCCCAAGUUCGUCGUCGACGCCUUCCGCGACCCCGACGCCUACAUCCGCAAGCCGGACCGCGCGGUGGAGCAGGACCUCGAGCUCCUGCCGCCGAUCAAGCCGUACUGGGACGCGCGGCUUGCCAGCGACGCCCGCCUUCGGCGGGACAUCCUCCUCAGGCUCGCGGGGCGGGGGUUGGUCGGCUUCCGGAGGCGGAUCAGGUCACGCGUGGGGUGUUUCUUCGUCGAGAAGAAGGGCGGCUGGAUCCGCCUGGUCGUCGACGCUCGCGACACCAACCGCACCCACUGGGCGCCCCCGCAUGCCGCCCUCGGGACCCCGGCUGCCCUCAGCGAGCAGGACUGGUCCGAUGCUGCGCUCGCGGACGCCGGAUGGGUUAGUGCUGACGGCUCGCCUGCUCAGAUCUUCGGGUCGUCCCUCGACCUCCAGGACUCGUUCUACCAGUUCUUCUCGGAGCGCGUCGCGGAGGACUUCGGGAUGGACUUUCCUGAGCGGGCGUCCUACUACCAGGUCUCCCACAUCUGGACGCCCGACGGCCUGUCCCCUGUCGACCCCGACGAGCUCGUGUUCCCGGUCUUCCGCGGGGUGCCGAUGGGGUGGUCAUGGGCACUCUGGGCCGUGCACUCGUCCGUCACGUCCUGGGUCUCGGACACGCUGCCGGGGGGUGCCCGACGCCUGCUGCUUGACAAGCAGCCGGCUCCCGUCGCGGCACCCUUCCGCCCCACAGGGUCGGUCUACGUGGACAACGUCUCGUUCCUGGGCCUCUCGAGCGACGACGUCGGGCACGCGCUGCAGGCCGCGAAGGACAAGCUCGACUCGCUCGGCAUCGCGUACCACGAGGUCGAGGGCCCGGCCACGCACUUCACCACCGUCGGCGUCGAGUACGACGGGAGGCGGAGGCGUCUGCGGCAUUCCGAUCACCGAGCCUGGCGCCUCUACUUGGCCUGUCAGGAGCUCGAGCGCCCUGGGGUUCCGCGCGCGGCCUGGCAGAUCCGAGUGUUCCUCGGGCAUUGUGUGCAGCACUGCCUGCUGCUGCGGCCGGCCCUCUCGAUCUUCCGCCUGCUCUACCGCUUCGUGGACGCGCAGGGUCAGGGGCCUCCAGUCGCACUGUCUGCUGGGGCCCGUCGGGAGAUCCAGCUCUUCAGGGGCCUCAUCUUCCAGGCCGUCGUCUUCUUGGACCGGCCGAUGUCCUCCCUGGUUUUGUGCUCCGACUCGUCCGAGGCAGGCUACGCCCUCCAUCGCCGACGCGCUGACGUUCGACUCCUUCGGCAGCUGGCUGCUACCCGGGAGAGGUGGAGGUUCGUCCCCGACGAGAAGCGGCCCGACGCGGCGCUCGACGACACCUUCUCCCCGGGCUGGGUGCCUGGCGCUGGAGGGGUGCUGGGAGAGCCGCCGGGCGCUACAGGCGUGGCCGUCUGGGCCCCGCCGCCGACGCGCUCGAGGGAGGGCGCCCGAGGCGUGCUCAAGGGCCGUCUCAGACCCACUGUGCGACCUGCUGGCGUCUCCGUGCCCGACAGCCUCGUCGAUCCCAGGGACUGGUCUCUCAUCGUCGAGGGCGCCUGGCGCCGCGCGGCCCCCAUUCACCUGCUGGAGGGCCGCAUCGCCCUGGGCGGCCUGCGGCACGCCGCCCGGCAGGUCGACUGCCACGGCUCCCGAGUGCUCAGCCUGGGCGACAACAUGUCGGAGCUCCUCUCCAUCGAGAAGGGGCGAGCCGUGGACCUCGGCCUCGCUUGUCUGUGCCGGAGGGCCGCCGCCUACCAGAUCGCCUGCGGGAUCUCCUGGCGGCGCCGGCACCUCGACGCGGACCGCAACCUCAGUGACGCGGGGUCGAGGAAGGCGCUGCAGGGCGUCUACCGCCCAGGACAGCGGCGGGUUGGCGGCAGGUCGGAGAGGCCCGCUCUGCCCGCUGGGUGCCCGCAGUCGGCGCCCCCGGCGCCGGCCCCGCCGGCGCCCUCGGCGAUCGCCAGCUGGCCAGUCGCCGAGGAGGCUUGCGAGCCUCCCCCCGCGGCGCGGCUGCGCGGCGGCCGACUGCAGACCUGCCCGCCGCGGCCGCCGCCGCGGGCCUCUGGGGCCGCUGGCCGCUGCGGGCCGCGGCGCGCCCCGCGGCCACAAGAGGGGCCCGCAGCCGGCGCCCCUGGCCACCCUGCACGCAAGGCGACGUUCGACGAGCUCGGUCUGGCUGUCGCGGCUCCGAUCGACAUCAAGUUCGGGGGUUGGGGCGACCUGCUUCGGCCCAGCAUCGAGACCGUCGUUCGCCAGUGGAUCGUCUCUCGCAAGGUCUGGUUCGUGCACUUCGGGACUCCGUGCACUCCGUGGUGGUCCCUCGAGAACCCCCGGGGAUCCCGGCUCUUCUCUUGGGAGCCUCUCCAGAAGUUCCUGUCCGAGCAUAGCAAGGUCUCCGUGGUGUAUGACUGCUGUCAGUUUGGAGCCCCGUACCAGAAGCCCACCAGGAUUGAGUCUGACCUCCCCGAGCUCGGUAUCCUUGAAAGGCGUUGUCUUGGAGGUCAUGCCCACGAGCAUCUUCAGGGGAAGGUCAAGGUCCGUGAUCGCCAGGGUCGGCUCAAGCAGUUCUGGCGCACGACCCUGGCUGGCGCCUACCCUCCUGGUGUCUGCCACAGCGCCGCUCGGGCCUUGGCGCGCGCGGCGCCCGCGGGAGCCUGGCGACCAGAUGGGGAUCCACUGCUGCCCGGUCACUGGGAGACUCAGCUCCGCCGUGCAGCCAAGAUGGACGACGUCCAGCCGUCCCUCGAGUGCCCCAGCUGCCCGCGGAAGUGGGUCGCGCUCUGGCCGCCCGACGCCGAGGGCUGGGGCCGCUUCGUGCCUGCUGACUCCUCGCCGGGCUUCCUGCGGCGCUCGCAGGUGCGGCCGGCCACUCAGGCCCGCUACCUCGCCAGCGUCGUCGUGUUCGCCACGGCCAUGGGCGUUGUCGCCGACCGCUGGGUGAGCAAAGACCUCCCCCUGGUGGACACGCUCCUCGAGGAGUACUUCGAGCAGCUCUACGUCGACGGCGGCAGCAAGAGCACGGCCCGCUACACCUUGGCCGCCUUGGCCUACCGUUUCAGCGUGUCGCUUCGUGCCCCAGACGUCUUCCCGAAGGCGAAGGGCGCCCUCGCCGGCUGGGGCCAGCUCGAGCCGGACGUCACCUCGGAGCCGCUCUGCUGGGCGGCAGCGUGCUUGAUGGCCCUAUACCUGGCCGGCCUCAACACGGAGAUUGCCCUGCAGGCCGCCCGCGGCCUGGUGGUACAGUUUGACACGUACUUGCGCCCUGGAGAGCUGCUGGACCUUCGCGUGCCCUGCUGCAUCCUGCCGCAGCCGAGUGCCGGCUCAGGCUACAACAAGAUGGGGCUCGUCGUCGGUGCCUCCGCGCUGGUCAUGGGCGACGACGUGCACACUCGCGUGACCAAGACUGGCCUCCAGGACGACACCGUGCUCAUCGAUGGCCAGUCUCGUGCUGGCGUGGCUGGCGCUCUCAUGGCCCUCGUCAAGAGCGCCAACCAAGCCCGCCAGGGGCGCCUCAUGUUCCUCCACUCGUACGCUUCGUACAACCGCUUGCUCAAGAAGGCCGCCGUCGCCGUCGGCCUCCCGACCAAGGUGACGGCCCACCUCCCUCGGCACGGCGGUCCGUCGGAGGACUACCUGAGAGGCGCCCGUUCGCUGGCCGACAUUCAGUCUCGCGGCAGGUGGUCGAGCUUCCGUUCUGUACAGCGCUAUCAGAAGAGCGGCCGUGCACUUGCUUCUUUCAGACGCCUCUCGGCCGCUGUGAAGGCAGAG